CGGCGCAUUUAUACGGGCGGCCUGUCUCUAGGCGCCUCAGUCUCUGAUUGGGACGCGACGAGUGCGAGCAUGGGGUUCGCGCGUACCCCGCGAGACGUAAGACCGUAACGACAACGCGCUUCGACACCGCAGCCACGACGAAACGGCGGGAGGAAGAGCGAGAAGAGGAGAGAUAGCGAGCGACACGCACCGAGGACUCCUCUCCGUCUCCGAAUGGCCUAGCGAUCGUUUCGCCUAUCUUUGAUAUAUCGUCUACCUCCGAGUGAGCCUCCUCACCGCGAGCGACGCAUUUCCCGGCGCGAGAGCGUGUAAAUCCGCGUAUGUCGCCGAAAAGUCCACCGGCGCCGACGGACACGCGAUUUUCCGCUCGAUGAGCGAGAGAUCCGUCGCGCUGCCGCGUAAAACGAGCUGAUCGGUACGCGCGCGCGCGCGCGCGCGUGCGAGAGAGAUCGGCGACUCGCCGCGCUCCGUACAGGUGAUUUUCGGUGCUGGUGAGAGAUUCGGGAGAGACACCCUCCACCCCUGGAUUCGCGAGGCAAGCUUUUCGAAUCGUUAAAAUCAUGUCGGUGCUACUGGAAGGGAGGUCGUACAGGCCGUUCAAGUCCUCGGAGGAGUACCUGAUAGCAAUGAAGGAGGACCUGGCGGAGUGGCUGAACGCCCUGUAUCCGGAGCUCAGGAUCAAUCUUGACAAUUUCAUGGACAGACUGGACACGGGCGUCGCGCUAUGCAAACAUGCGAACAACGUGCGGAAAUACGCGACGGACUACGUGGCCCGCCGUCAGGCCCGCAAGAUGCCGAUGACACGCUCGAUAACGUCCCUGGCGCUGCCGAUGAGCCAGGUGGGCGACGUUCCCUACCUGCCGAACGCCAAGGCCGGCACCUUCUUCGCCCGCGACAACGUCUCGAACUUCAUCGACUGGUGCCGCAACAGCCUCGGCAUCAUCGAGUGCCUGCUCUUCGAGACCGAGGAUCUGAUAAUGCGUAAGAACGAGCGGCACGUAAUACUAUGCCUGCUGGAGGUGGCGCGUCGCGGCGCCAAGUUCGGCAUGCUCGCGCCGUUGCUCGUGCAGAUGGAGAGGCAGAUCGACCGCGAGAUCGCCGCCGAGAACAAAGCGGCAAACGGCGCCGGCAACGAGGAGACCGAUGACGAGUACGAGGAGGAGCAGCCCUGCCUCAUAUACGGGCCGCAGCCGCAGAUCGUCACGAACGAUCUCAAGACUCUCCACGAGCUGGUUCGCGAUAUCGUGGAGGAGUGCACGUGCCCGACACAGUUUCCGAUGAUCCAUGUGGCUGAGGGCAAGUAUCGAAUCGGCGACACCAAGGUCACGAUCUACGUCCGGGUUUUGCGUAGCCACGUGAUGGUGCGUGUCGGCGGUGGAUGGGAUACCCUCAGCCACUAUUUGGAAAAACACGAUCCAUGUCGAUGCAGAAACUCACAUCGCUCGAUGAUCUCGGCGAAGCUCAUUCAAAAAGCUGGUGGAUCCUUCGAUCUGGGCAACGCGCAGGUGCAUUACGAACGAUCAUCACCUCCGAGAACCCGACGGAGUUCCGCGUCGAGCGUCGGCUCGGUGCAGAAUCUACAAUCGGCGCAGCUGCACGCACCACCCAGAAGCAUUUCCAGCAAUCGCUCGCGAUCGCCCACACCUCACCGGCCGACAACCGGCAGCAAGCAACAACAACAUCAACAACAACAUCAGCAGCAGCCGUGCGACGAGCAGAAGAAGCGCUCGAGAAGUCCCACGCCUCACAGGAAAUUGCUGGCGAGCCCGAAUCACCAGGCCGACUUGGCGAAACAGAGAUCAAGGUCGCCGACGCCCAGGGCGAAUCUGAGAUCGAGAAGCCCGACACCGCGGAAGAGCACGGAGUCGUCCAGGAGAAAUGCCAACGAGGAGGCGCGCUCGCCGACGUAUCACGGCAAACCGCAGGAAAACAGUCGGGAGUGCGGCCUGAAGGUGCCGGGCGAGUUCACGAAGCGAUACGUCGUGGAGGGCGGCGUGGCACGCCGGGCCGUCGAAAGGGACGACACGCCGAAGUACGAGCCUACCAUCUACAGCUACAAGUGCAGCGAGGACUCGAGCGGCAGCCGCAGCCCGACGCCGAGCAAGGAGGAGCAGCCGGCCCUCGAGACGCCGUUCGGCAAAGACACCACGGCGAACACCCAGAAGUCACCGCACGGUGACGGAGAGCACUCGGACAAUUGCAGCGAGGUGUCCGACGAGGGCUAUCGUAGCCUCGGUGCCGUCCAGUCGUCCACCGCCAACGGGAAUUCCGCCAGCACGCAGGGCUCGCCCACGGUUGCCGAUUGUCAAAAGCAACCUCCAAAAGCGGAACCCGAGGAAAGAUCUGGCGUGGAGACUGACAGCAUCGAGACCGGACUGCGCAAGGUAGUCCGGAAGGACAGACUGGCGAGUCCCUUACGAGUCUCAUCCCCGUCCAGGAGCGCGACGUCCUCAUCGACAGGUGACAGAACUCCCCGUGCCGGUUCCAUCGCGCGAGAGAACAGUAACUUAUCUAAGACGUCGUCUGGUAGCAAGACGCCUAAAGACAGCAAUUCCAGCCCGGAAGGUAGCCCACUGAACCGCGGAGGUUCGAUUCGCAACAAGGUCAACGGAAGCUACGGGACGCUACGAAAGUCAACGCCGACUGGAAGUAUCAGCAAGGCGUUGUCGCCAAUAAGCGCAUCCAAGUUCUCCCAAGCGCCAGUCGGCAGUAGCGCCACGUGGAACGGUCGACAGACUAGGCGGCGGGCCAGCAUCCAGACAGAUACCUUCUUGGAUCCGAAAUCCACGCCGGUCACGUGCACCACGACGCCGAGCUUCUCACGGAAGAGUCCAGGUAGACAAAGUCUACAAUCCCGGCCAAGCCCGAAUUUUAGUGUCCAAUACGAUAGAAACGGCAGGAGAAUCCGGACCCCCAUGGGCACAGCUUCCCUCCAAUCGUCACCUACUAAAACGACGAAUCCACUGCUUGACCAGAUCCUGCAGAAACUGGGCGACUUGAAGGAUGAGCGUCAAAUGGUGCAAAAGCUGCAGGGUCUUCUGAGAGACUACCAGACCACCUCGACCGAUGGUACCGCGGACAUGGACUUUGCCAAAGUGUGGGUGGAUAGUAACGGGACGAUGACAGUGCCCCAGGACGUUCAUGUAUCGGUCACCCCAAGAAAGGAUCCGAAACCCCAGGAAGGAUGCUCGAGGAUACCGGUACCUCGUGCCCUCUCUUACAAGAGACCGAUGUCUGUUGCGUCGGACAGUGUUUGAGGGUGGUUCUUCCCCUUCGGCCACGAGGAUCGCAAUAGCCCAGGUAGCCUUUGCGCGUUAGGUUAAGUUAGACUGAUCGAGUAGGUGCUGACGUCAAUAAGGGUAGUCAAGCGCGCGCGUAAAUAAUUACGCUUCUCGCCGUGCUUGAUUCUUGAUUUGAUUUGAUAAAUGAGGUCGGACGUUUUGGAUCACAACGAGGAUAAAAAUAUUUUGUAGCUGAAGGAUUUUAUAGUUUGAAGUAGUAGAAUGAAAAGAUAUUCGAGAGAUGCAAAGCUCUUAUAUCUUAUAGAUUUGUAUAAGCAAAGAAAAAAAAUGGAAUGAUGAGGACUGAAUUUUAUUGCAUGCUGAUUAUUGGAAUAAAAUUUUUAUUUUUACAACGUAUUACGAAAUACCUUUGAUUAGUAUUAAAAAUAGAAUAUGAAAACAGAUUUUAAAUUAUAUUUGAUUGUACAUCCAAUUACGUACGUCAUAUUCGAUUUAAAUUUUAUAAAUUAGAUAAUCGAUUUAAAUUAUAUUUGAUAUAUAAUUACUUUUUCAAGCUCAAUAAAAAUAAAAUUCUGUAAAGUUUUGACUUAAGCAGUAAAAAUUUUAAUUUAUUCAAAUCGGACAAUUGAGAUUUCAAAAGUUUGUGAAUCUAGAUUUUUACGAGUUCUCCAAUAUUUUGAGGUUUAAACUUUUGAAAACAUUAAAUGCCUUUUUGUCAUUUAGAUAAUUAUAUUUUUGCGCUCGAGAUGUCGACAAUGCUUAGAAUUGCUUUCUAUUUCUGCUCUUCGCCUAUACCUUCAACAACUAUUAUCGCAGAUCGAAGACGUCCGACCAGAGAGUAACUUAACGGGCCUUAACGGUACGGGGUCAAUCAGUUAGUAGUUCUUAGUAGUCACGUAUCGGGGUGGUGCUUAGAUGGUGCUGAAGUAUGAAAUGUUUACGAUAGACAAUGAAAAAGAGAAAGACAGAAACAGAAUGAAAGUUGAACGAGUUGGAAAUUCGUCCUGCGAACGAGUUUUCAGUUGAUCAAUGUGGAAUCAAAAGUGGGCAAUUAACGCUAUAGCGAGGCUUACGUUAAUGACUUCCCAAUUGAAUUUCAAUCAUUUAAUUACAUCUCGUAUGCUUAUCGAUUAUUGGCCUUAAAACGGUUAUCUUUAAAUUAUCAUGUAAAAUCUUCUUCAAACAAAAAUUUACUGUUAAGAAUUAUCGUUGAGAGUAUACAUCGAAACAUAAUUUUUUGAAUUCUAACGAAGCAAAAGAGGAGUAUUUUAAAGAUUGACGAUGUCGAUUUUCAAGAUUACAUAAUCGAAAAAUUUUAAAUUUAACAAUCGUCGAAAAAACUUGUAACAAUUGCACACUCAAUUGUUUUUAUCGUUCCUGAUAUCAGCGCCUAAUCAUUUUUAUUUAAAGAAUUAUAUAGUUUAUUGGAUAUAUUUAUCAAAGAUGAUUUAUUACACGUUAACGAGCUCACUGAAAGAGAAGGAAAAGUAAAGGAGAACAAGAGAGACAGAUGAGAAGGAAUUGAUUAGACAUUGAAGAUCGAAUAAAAGAGAUUUAAAUGAAAAAUCAAACGAUCCCCCUCCCUUCCCCUUCCCCAUCUCCCCGUCAUCGCCUAAUGUGAAGCAGACUGCAUUGUGUAGAUAGCGACGUGUGUCGUCGGACGAAUGCCAUUCCAGUGUUUAACUGUUUUUUAUACCAAACGCAAGCGUAGCGCCAAGUUUUUUACCAAGUGUCUUAGUAACGGACUAAAGCGGAGAGGAAAAAAAAAAGUUUAUUUUGUCGACGAAUAGCCUGGAAGAUGGAUAUUUUUUAGUAUCACUAGUUAGACAGUGUGUACUAGUUAGACGGUCAUGUAGCGACGACCGCGAGUAGCGAGGGUGUCUCCGAUAUUCGGACGAUGAUGUUGUCGGUCUUUUCUCCCGUUCGUUUCCGCCGCCGGAUCCUUCAGGAAAGUCUUCUCUAAUCGUCUGCUAUAGACGUACGUUACAGUAUCGAUCACCGUAGGAAAUGCGCGAGAAUUGAGGCGAGUAUCCCGCCGACACGCAGAGCGGGGAUUAGCCGCGACGGAUUCGAGCCGUCUUGCCUUAUUCGGAAUUCGAGCGAUUUCCUAUAUGCGUGUGUCUUACGCGCAUGAACGACGCUAACGUGUUUUCCAUGCGCGCGUAUAUACGCGAGCCGAAGCAUUACUUGUAAAUAUAUCUCCGUGAACUUUUUUUUUUUUUCGGCGAAACAAAUCUUUUUAUCCCUGGCUUGUAAUUAUAUUAAAUUGAUCUCUAGUCUGUAAAUGGCCAUUGUGUUGUACCACUUAGUACUUCGCUUUGAAAGGGCUCGCGGUGAUGUCCGGUAAAUGUACACACAUACGCGUAAACGGAUUGUCCGAGGGAACACACGGCGGGCUUACCUGCGACCUGGAGUUCGGUGCUGCGCGGACAAGGCGUUCCAUCUUCUGUAAAUAUAAUGAAUGCGUUGUUAGAAGCAUAUCUUCGUUCUCUAAGUAUAAAAUACGUUCUGCUAAGUUAAACCGACUUAAUCCUUCGAUAAUCUUCGCCCGCGAUUAAUACGGGGUUAUUUGUUGCGCCUCGUUAGUUUAGCGAAAGGUAUAAGAAUACGUAUUUUUAUAUUUGGUCUUCUCGAUACGUAGGAUGCUAGCGUAGUGCGCGGAAAAUAAUACUUCGGACGGUGUAUUGCGAGAAUCAAAAGUCGCUUAAAUAAUAAUGCAGGUGUGUCGGUGUUGUUAUGUGGCGUGCACAUAUCCCAUGAAAAUUCUUCGCGUUUUCGUACGGAGAAUUGAGUAUCCGUCAUUGAAGGGUUAAAUAUACUGAAUACCGUUCUCAGCGAAUAUCAUUCUCAGCGAAAGUCAAAGGUACCCGGACAUUUAUAUCGGAUGCGCGCGUACGUCGUAAGAUCUUUGCGUCGCAGCUUUUGCCCACAAAAACAUUUAUAUUUUUCUUAAUUUGCAUGAAGGCAUCAAUUCUUUGAUAAGCGAUAUUAUCGUUAUUUUCCUAAUCCUGAGAAAUAGAAUACGUAUGGAACAAUACGCGUGGAACAACAAAUAAAAAAGAAUGAUAUCCAUAUAUUGGGAAAAGUUACAUUCUUUAUAUUGAAAAAUUGCAGGAUGGAGCAAUGUGGCGUCGCAGUAAGAUCUCGAGUACUCGCGCAUAUUCGAUAUUCGAUAAUGCAAUACGACACGAUCGAUCCGGUGACGUUUGAUUCGAAAUGGUCCCUGCAUUUUCGCGAAAAUUGCGCUCGGCUGAGUUUCGCUUUUCUUAAGAGUCACAGCAUCGUAAUAGCGUAUCAGGGCGAUUCGAUAGUAAGAGAAAUAUUACUCGUUUCCUCGUUACAGCGCGCAGUAUCUUAGGCGCCGGACGGCUAAUCCUUAGUCUUAAGCUUUUGUAACCCCCCCCCCCCCCCAGCGAUUUCAUGGCCGUGCGUUUAACGAUUAAGCAAUAUCGACGAUUAUCCCAAUAUUAAUAUGAUUAUUGCAGCUAUCGCUAUGACGACGACGAUUACUAUUAGUAUUAUUAUUAUUAUGAUUAUUAUCAUCAAGAGGAUAAUGAAGAUUAAUUGCUAUUAUUAUUAUAUGCAACGUUGCCUAUGUUACAUUAUUUUAUCUACGAACAGUUAUAAAUUGACCAAAAACUAUAUAAAAAGAUUAAUAAAAGGCCUUAACAAAAAA